AUGAAACGGGUAUAUAAGUAUCGAAAUUUGGUGGUACAAAUCGAUAAUUUAUUUACUACGGAGUCAGCAGAGAUCUACAUUAAGGAUACUGCUAACAGGAAGAAAUAUGCCUGCUGUAAUAUUGGACAAAACAUAAUGCUCAAUUUAAUCCAAACCAGGCCCAGUAUUAAUUUCAAAGUAUUGGGUGACGGAGAAAGAUUCAUAGCGGAAACUGAUGUUAUCACAGAUGAGUUACUUCUAUGCCAAGAAAAUUAUUUAGAACGGCGACAUGAUUUGUAUUUACCGACUGGUGAGAAGUGGGCGACAUUAGAGUUGGUUUAUCUAUUUGAUAAGACUGAUGGCAUGUUGAAUACAAUCAAGCCAUCCAUCUCAUCUUUACAUCCGAGUGUUUUAAAUCAAGUCAUCUACAUAACUUUUAUUGAUCUACUGGCGAAUCUUAAGAAAUAUGAAGUCGAAGUUUUAUUGGGACCACAUAAAGUCUAUCUACCUAAACAGAUCAAAACGUGUCUUACAUAUGAUACAUUGGGCCAUGCUUUAAUGAUAGUACAAGUUGUUCAUCCUCUUAUCACCUAUAUGGCACAGUUGCCACUCAGUCCUCAAAUAACAGACUUUAGGGGCACAAUUCGCUGCUUUGCCGAAGCGAAUGAGUAUGUCGACGUCGAGCUAGACAUCAGUAUACCAGACCAUCUCGGUAAAUAA